AUGAGAUCUUUGGUGUGGGUCACAAUUCUGCUGGUGCUGCUGGGACCAUCUCUGCUCCAUGGAAGUGCAGGAAGAAACACCCUCCCUGUCCACUUCCUGGCCCAGUGCAAAGCCGAGUGCCGCUUCAGCAAGGGUCGGCCGCCACUGCAGGUGCGUUACCUGCUCAAGUACAUCUACGAUGGGCAGGAGAUUGCUCGCUUCGAUAGCGACCUCGGAAGAUUCCUGGCCGUGUCGCCGCUGGGUGCACCUAUCGCCAAGGACUGGAACAGUCAGGAAGCGCUUCUGGCCUACUACCAGAGCAUGGUGGAUCACUUCUGCUGGAACAACUACAAGACAGCGGAGGCAGCAACUAUAGUCAGUAGGACAGUUCAGCCCACGAUCACCAUCUCUCCUACCAAUGAAGACCCCACCUCUCCCAACACACUCUUGCUUUGCAUUGUGACGGGUUAUUAUCCCUUGGAAAUCAAGAUCAGGUGGCUGAAGAAUGGGCUGGAGCAGAAGGAAGGGGUCUUUUACGGAGAAGAGCUCCAGAACGGAGACUGGACCUACCAGACCCAGGUGAUGCUGGAGAUGACACCUGAGUAUGGAGAUGUCUACACCUGCCAAGUGGAGCACGUCAGCCUGGAGGUGCCCAUCACCGUCCAGUGGGAGCCAUGGAUGUCAGUUUCCGCCAAGAUCAAAAUACACAUCGGGGUCACUGCCGUUGUCUCGGGCCUCCUCUUUGCAGCUGUGGGAUUCUCCUGCUAUCUGAAGAACAAGAAAGGUAGCGGCCUAGGAGAUGGAUUCAUGUUGUAG